AUGGGCAAUGUCACCAGUAGACCUGACGACCAGGGCGCUGCGCUCUACCUCAGGGACCAAAAUCGCUUAACCAUUUCGUCCCUCAUCGUUACCAAUCCUCGAAAGCGCAGCUCCGUCCAUGUCACGCCCAACGCCUUCCCUGCUACUAAGCUGUCCGCCAACCGGACAGCUGGUGAACAGAUCCCCGUAGAAUACAUACAAGAUCCCGAACCGGGCGCUUCCGGUUUCUUGCUCAAGCUCAGCAGCGACGACGAGCUCAUCUUCACCUUCACCUUUGUUCUACGUCAGCCUGCCGCAAGCCAACCCACCUCCCCUCCUCCCGACGCGACCUCCUCUGCUCUCGAUACCAGCAUUUCCGGUCUAACAUUUGUCUGCGGCUCUACCUCACGCGAAGUCGAAAAUCUCGUAACUCGCGAGUUUCUUGCUAACCCAAACCUUCACAAAAAUGACAACGUCGCCCUCGUCGGAGACUACUCGACCAGCGGCAGUUCUUCUGUCAGCUUUGAAUGGACUUGGAAAUGGAAGCCCCCCAAGCCCAUGGAAGACAGGACUGGCGGCUGGAGAAACUCUUGUAGUUUUGUCGAGUAUGAUUCGCGUGCGCAUCGUUUGCACGCCCUCGCCAGCUUUUCUUUCUGGGUAACAUCCUCUACUCUGUACGCCAGCCAGCCAAACUCGCCCACUCCCGGUUUCCUGCUCGGCUCUCCUCCGAAGAUUCGUGUGGCUUCCGCUCAAUCGGUAGACUCUCGCUUACAUUCCGAUAUUGACGAGGUACCAUUAUCACCGCUGCCUGGCGCGCUAGAAACAUUCUUGCCACCGAUCCCACCCCAGCUACAGGAGCCUGUUAAAGUCGACGUCUCGUGUCCGCGACCUGGCGAGGAUGUGUCAGUAUCCGACGAUGGCCCUGUCUUCCGCGCCACUCUCAAGGCUCUCGAGCAAAAGACUGGCAACAUGCGCAUCCACAUGAAGAGGGUAUUGAAAAAGGCCGAGCAGGCGCAUACUAGUCAGCUGGAAGCCAAUGAGGCUUUGAUCGCUUUUACUGAGGCUUUGCGCGAAGCGUCCACCACGAAUGCAAAUGCUGUUCAGCCAGCACUCGAGCAUUAUUUUGACAAGAUUGCCCGGGAGAUUCUCACCUACGACCGCCAGAAUACUGCAAACCUGCAAAAGAUCAUCAUCGAGCCUAUAGCCAAGCUCUACCAGCUCGAUAUAAAGCAGGCGGAAUCCAAGAAGCGCGACUUUGAGGAAGAAAGCAAAGACUACUACUCAUACGUAUCCCGAUACCUUGGUCAGCGUCAAGACUCAGUCAAGGCUAAGAAGCUUGCCGACAGCGAUUCCAAAUACCAGAACAAGAGACGCAAUUUUGAGCUCAAGCGAUUCGAUUAUUCCAGUUUUAUGCAGGAUUUGCAUGGUGGUCGCAAAGAGCAAGAAGUCUUGUCACACCUGACCAAGUAUGCCGAUGCACAAACCAAAGGGUUCCUUGCCACGGCAAAGAAAAUAGAAGCUCUUCUGCCGCAGCUUGACGCGUUAUCUUCAGAGGUCAGCGAAGCCGAUAAAGAAUACCAGUAUCAAAGGCGAGAACGCGAAGAAAAGCGUCGCGUGCUGGAAAAGAGCAACACUCCCUAUCUGGAGCCCGAGCAGGCCAACCUUGCCGCUGCUCCCCCCACGACCGCGUCUUCUAAUGGCAACGCGGGCCACAAUUCCGACUCGGAACUGGGCAGGGCUGAUAGUACCGGUUCCCAACUAAAGUCGACAUCAUCGGGCGGGCACACGAGCAUAUCUGGCGUCGAGCUUCCCAAGCCCCCGGGCAUGCCCACACUUGUGGGUAGUCCAUCUCAAAGCACCAAAUUCAAGGGAUUUCGCGACUUGGAGGAACCGAACCCCUCGCAAUCUUCCGUUGCGCAGCGUAAAGAAGGUCUUCUAUGGGCGCUGAAUCGCCCCGGGGGCCACGUUGAUCCACGAAAUCUCAACAAACAGGGAUGGCACAAAUUCUGGAUUGUUCUCGACCAAGGCAAGCUCUCAGAAUACAGCAAUUGGAAGCAAAAGUUGGACCUGCACAUGGAUCCCAUUGACCUGAGAAUGGCAUCUGUGCGCGAGGCGCGGAAUGCGGAACGUCGCUUCUGCUUCGAGGUCAUUACUCCCAACUUCAAGCGCGUCUACCAGGCGACAUCCGAAGAGGACAUGAACAACUGGAUAAAUUCUAUCAACAAUGCCUUGCAGAGCGCGGUCGAAGGCCGAAGUGGCCCUGACAGAUACGCAUCGCCGGCGAACACGAACAACGACUCGUCUUUUAAGAGAGACAUUGGCUCUAUUCUCACCGGAAAAACCCACUCCCUGAUGCAUAGUAGCAGCCAUUCACACAGCAGUUCUUCGAGCGGCAUCCCUUUCCGCAGAAUCACCGUUGGAGCUCGACCUACGCCAGUACGAACACACAGCUCAGGUUACGACGAAAAUCCGGAUCAGCUUUUGCAAAUGCUUCGGGACAAUGACCAAGGCAACAACUGGUGCGCCGACUGUGGUUCGGGCUCAAGGGUCGAGUGGGUGUCAAUCAAUCUGGGUAUCAUCCUCUGCAUCGAGUGCAGUGGUAUCCAUCGUUCGCUGGGUACUCAUAUCAGCAAGGUCCGGUCACUGACUCUCGAUAUCAAGUCUUUCACUGUCGAUAUUGUCGAAUUGCUCGUUUUGAUCGGAAACCGUGUUUCAAAUAUGAUCUGGGAAGCAAACUUGGAUCCCGCCGCAAAACUUGCUCCGCAGGCGACCCGAGAGAACCGACUCAAGUUUAUCACAAACAAAUAUGUCCACCGAAGCUACGUGCAACCAAUCUCGACAACUUUAUCGCAUUACGCAACGCCCGACGAGACACUGCUGGCAGCUAUCAAGAAGAACGAAAUUCAGCAGGUGCUCUACGCGCUGGCGCUCAGGGCCAAUCCCAAUGCUGUUGACAGGAUGAGGGGAACACACGCUGUAUGGCUAGCUUUGGCAGCGGCUGAUCCCGCGUCCCCUUCGCCAACGCCCGGUGCUGUGGUGGAUAAUGAUGCGAAGCAGGUGCCUUUCCCAGUCGCAGAACUGUUGACGCAGAAUGGAGCCGAGAUCCCGCAGACGCUCCCUGCUUUCCCACUGGGCCGCUUCGCACAACAAUAUGUUCAGCAGAAGCAAGGCAAAAUCCGAGGAGUUAGAGACUCUGUUCAAGCGCCGCCUAACAACGGGUACGAGGUGGAAAGAACACGCUCCGAAACUACCAAACUGCAGAAGCGCAUUAGCGCCGGUGGGAGACUGGCCAGGUCGCCGAUUCCUGAGAGAUAG